AUGGACCAGAAAUUUCCCUUAUUUCAAGCAACGAAGAUCAGCGAGCGUGUGCCCAGCUCCUCAAACAACUGCACCGCCGCGCAGCUCCACCUGCAUCGGGCCGGGGCCGUGCCCCCCAGCCCGGGCACCUCCGGCAGCCGGGCCGCCCCAACGGCCCCCGGGGGCGCCCGGACAGACCCGCCCCCGGCGCUCCCGCACCCGGGCCGCCCGCCGCACCCACCGACCUGCUGUGACGGCGGAGGCCGGGCGGCCGCCGGGGACCCCCCAGCGCUUGCCCGGGCGGCGGCAUGGGCGCAGCCCCGGCUGCGGCGGGACGGCGCGGAGGGACGGCGCAGGAUUCCGGAGCGGAGCCCACCCCCGGGGGCGGGCGGGAAAGUGGCCGGGGCCUGCCCGCGCGCGGGCACGGCGGGGACGGGUGAACAGGCGGGCGCCGAGACCGCUGCGGCGGAGCGGGCGGCGGCGGGGCGGCGGGAGCGGGGCCGGUGGCGCUGCGCGCCGCGGCCGGUCCGGUCCGGGUGGCGUCCCGUCGGGCGCGAGGGGCGCCGACGCCGCUGCCGCCCGCGAGCUCCGCCCCGGCGCGCGCCGCGGCCCCGUGACAGGCAGGAGCGCCGAGGCGUCACCGCGCGGCGCCGUCCACGGCGAAGGGGCGGGCGCGCCCAGCGGGCUGCGGUCAAGGCGCGUGCGCGCCGGGCCCCCAUAGAGCCGCGGGUUCGAGUCCCGCCCGGGGCCGGACCCUCCGCGGCACUCACGGGCCGAGGGCAGCGGGGCCCUCCGACUCCUGCCGCCGGUUCCAGCCAGGCGAGUCCAGUCUAA